CAGAACCAGAUUCUCCAACCGUAAAGUAACCAAUUUGCUCUUCUACUGUAGUAUAUCGUCACCAGUCAAUACUCUCACACUCCACAGCUUUCCAAGAUGUAUUUUCCAAGUGAUUAUUAAGCUCUAGGAGGAUUAAGCAAAGCAGAAACUGUUUUAAAGAAGCUCAUACUCCAGUGUUAUUAUUUAUGCGCACAAGGAUAUUGUGAAUUACCUUCAACUCCAGAUCCUAAAGCAGACGCACAAGAGACUUCAGAAACCUCGGGAUUUUAAAAAAGAGGUUUAUACCACUAUCUGGGCUAAUACUAUACAACCAUAACAACUUCAGCAGAAAAUGAAAGACCGUCUUCAAGAACUUAAACUUAAAGCAAAGCAACUUCAACUCCUAGAAGAAAGUAGCAGGUCUCCUGGUAUUGUGGCUGAGGAAGGAGAGUUUGAGCAAACAGCUGUCAUUUUUGAGAAGGAGCCAGUAACAGAAAGGUAUCUGAGUGAAAUCCAACGACUUCACUGUGAUAUUAACAACUUGGCCACAGAUGUUCAAAAAUUCAGUCAGCAGCAAAAGAGCCUGGUGGCUUCUAUGAGAAGAUUCAGUGUGCUUAAAAAGGAAUGCAGUGCCACAAGAGAAAUAAAAACUCAAGCAGAACACAUUAGUACAUGCUUGGACGACUUGUCAAAAACAGUGAAGAAGGCAGAAAAAGAAUACGGUUCAUCAUCGGCUGUUGCAAGGGUUCUUAGCUCUCAGCGGGCAGUCCUGUUCCGUCGCUUCCAAAACAUCAUGUUUCUGUACAAUGAUGCCAUAACAGCCAAACAAGAAAAAUGUGCAGGUUUUAUUGUGCGUCAGCUCGAAGUAGCAGGAAAACAAGUGUCGGAAGAAGAAUUGAAUGAGAUGGUUCAACAAGGGAAAUGGGAAAUUUUCAAUGAAAACCUGCUCACUGAGGUCAAGAUCACUAAAUCUCAGCUGACUGAAAUUGAACAAAGACAUAGAGAACUGGUCAAUCUGGAGAAUCAGGUAAAGGACUUAAAAGGCCUCUUCAUCCAAAUCUCACUUUUGGUAGAAGAGCAAGGUGAAAUGAUCAACAGCAUUGAAAUGGAAGUGACAAAUACUGAGGACUUUGUUCAGGCUUCCAGAGAAAAGUUCCGGCUGGCAGCAAAGUAUCGAAAGAAACAUCCUUGCAGAGCAUUAUGCUGUUGCUGCUGCCCCUGCAGAUAAUGAAGAGGAAUCUGGGCAGCUCAAUCUUUGUUGCAAUAGCCUUGACCAGGCAUGUGAUGGACAGACCAGAGCUUGAUGAAGGGCAAAUUGCUGCCUACAA